AGCCAGCAUGAAACAAUUUUCCAUAUUAUAUUCGGCGAGAGCUGCCCAGCAAAUCUCCACCCAUCUUUCCUCAGUCUUCUUCCCACUCCUUUAUUUCUUUUCUACCCCCACAUCCACCUGCAACACCAAUCUCUCUCUUCAAAUCGAGCAGAAUCUCAAUUCUCACUUGCAGGUUUGCUUCCAAAUUCUCGGAUUGCCGUAUCGAAAUGACAUCCUUUUGCAAUGAUACGAAAUUGAGGCAAUUGCAACGGAUUUCUUUUAGGUCAUCUUCCACACCAGCAAAUUGUUAACUUUAUGAAAUGUUAGGUUCUAAAUGUGAUUAUAGCCGAGUUUUGCAUAGUGGAAGCUGCUUGUUGUGGAUUUCUUUUAUUUUAGAAGAUCUGGCUACUGAAGAAUCGGUGGAAAUUUGUUUAGGACGCAAAAUUACUUGAUCAUUCGGUGUCAAAUUUUAUAAGAUUUGUUGGGUUACUGCUCAGUAGGAGAAAUAGCGUUAUGGGCUCAUUUUGCUGCUGCCCAAGUCGAGAAGAGUUUGAAGAAUAUACUUACUCCAAUGGUUCCUUAUCUAGGCAUUGCAUCUCCCUCACAUACCUCCUGCACCAGCUCUUAAAUGGGUAUGCAGCUGUGUUUCGAAGGAUUGAGGGUAGGAGUGUCUCCUUAUCCCCACACAGCGCAACUUCUUUGGCACCAGCUGGUUCAGACUUGAAUUUCCCAGAAAGUUCAUCUGAUUCUUAUCACUCUUCUUCAAGAACUGUGCCUUAUGAUGCUGAUUCUAGGUAUUCUUGUUUACCACGAGAUGGAUUGGUCCUAAGACGUGAAAAAUCUGCAAGCCGUUUUAACGAAGAAUUGCAACCACUCAGAAGAGGCAACAAUAGUGCUGGUGUUGAAACUAUGAGUUCAAUGGACAAAGUGAAUGGGUUGGAAAGUGAAGGACAUUCUAUGUCUUGCCAUUCUGAGUCUGCAGAGAAGAGUUUGUUUGUAAAAGCAGCACGUGGAAUAGCUUAUCGUCUAUCUUCCGCUGAAGAUGAAGAUGUCUGCCCCACUUGUCUUGAUGAAUACACUCCUGAAAACCCCAAGAUCACAACACAAUGCUCUCAUCAUUUUCACUUGGGCUGUAUAUACGAGUGGAUGGAGAGAAGUGAAAGUUGUCCAAUCUGUGGCAAGGAGAUGGUGUUCAGUGAAAGCCCUUGACUGCAAAUGGGUAAGGUCGCGCUGAAUAGCUUCCUGCGCCCUCUCUGUGAAUAAAAGUCAAGAGUGAACCAUAUUUGUUUUUUGUGUCUUCUAAAUAUGCUUGUGAAUAAAUUUGGGCCAUCCAUUGUUCAUGUAGCAACCAAGAAAAAGUCUAUAUUAUGUCCGAUUUUAUAUGAAUAUUUUCUCUUUA